UUUUAUUUUUUUAUCACCCGGGAUUUAUUGGAUUGUCAUAUAUGCGUGAAUUUGUUUAAGAAUUAAAACAGCAAGCAGAAUACCCAAAAAAAGGGUUUUUUUUUUUUUAAUUCCAUGCAACAAAUUUCUGGAAGAGAGUGUGAAUGAUUCAAAGGCGUUCUCUUUCAACCUUCCGCAUCUUAAAAACCCAAGCUUUUAAUGGCUGCCUUAUCGAUUGUUUGUCAUUUUUCUCCGUCGUACCAAUUCAAGAAACGAUCUUUCCACACGCCUUCUGUCUGCUCUUUGCCUUGCUUUAGCUCGUCCCUUUGUAGAAUUAGAGGUCCAAGAUUGCUUCGCAAUGGAGUUCUUGCUAGAGCUGAGGAUAAGGCCAGAGGCUCUUCUCCUAGUUCUACUCCCCCAAGUCAACGAGAAGUUCAACCCAACAAUGAAAAACAGCUUGAGCUGACCUCAGCAUCUGGAUCGUGUGAUCCUUUAUGUUCAGUUGAUGAUACUAGCUCGCAAGAUUUUGAAGCUACUUACAAGCCAAAGACUGAUUUGUUGAAAACUAUCACUGUUUUCACAGCAACUUUAACAGGGACUCUGGCAAUUAACCUCUCAUGGGUUACUGACAACCAGGAUAUUGCUAUGGCAUUGCUUUUUGCAAUAGGAUAUGCAGGCAUUAUCUUUGAGGAGUCUCUAGCCUUCAAUAAAAGUGGAGUAGGAUUGUUGAUGGCUGUGAGUUUAUGGGUAGUACGAAGCAUUGGGGCUCCUUCAACUGAUAUAGCUGUUUCAGAGCUAACACGUGCAUCAGCUGAAGUUAGUGAAAUAGUGUUUUUCUUGCUCGGUGCAAUGACCAUUGUAGAGAUAGUUGAUGCCCAUCAAGGAUUUAAGGUGGUUACUGACAAUAUAACCACUCGAAAGCCACGGACUCUGCUUUGGUUGGUUGGUUUCGUGACAUUUUUCCUUAGUUCCAUCCUUGACAAUCUGACAUCUACCGUAGUCAUGGUUUCUUUGUUGAGGAAACUAGUACCUCCAUCGGAAUACCGCAAGCUUCUAGGAGCUGUUGUUGUGAUAGCGGCAAAUGCUGGUGGUGCUUGGACACCUAUUGGUGAUGUUACCACUACCAUGCUAUGGAUACAUGGUCAAAUAUCCACAUUGCAGACUAUGAAGGGUUUGUUCAUACCUUCAAUUGUUUCUCUAGCUGUUCCGCUGGCUCUUAUGUCUUUGACUAGCGAAGUUAAUGGGAAGGGACAAGAUUCUCUCAAUGUUUUGGCAUCUGAACAAAUGGCUCCCAGAGGGCAACUUGUUUUCUCUGUGGGUAUUGGUGCUUUGAUUUUUGUUCCAGUAUUCAAGGCCUUAACUGGUUUGCCUCCUUUUAUGGGCAUGUUGCUUGGACUUGGAGUUCUUUGGAUUCUGACUGAUGCUAUUCAUUAUGGUGAAUCGGAAGGGCAAAAAUUAAAAGUUCCACAAGCUUUAUCAAGGAUUGAUACUCAAGGAGCUUUUUUCUUCCUUGGAAUCCUAUUGUCUGUGAGCAGCCUAGAAGCAGCAGGUCUUCUUCGGGAGUUGGCAAAUUAUCUCGAUGCUCAUAUUCCUAAUGUGGAACUGAUUGCAAGUGCAAUAGGAGUUGUGUCAGCAAUUAUUGAUAAUGUUCCAUUGGUUGCAGCAACAAUGGGAAUGUAUGAUCUCAGCUCAUUUCCCCAGGAUUCUGAGUUUUGGCAACUAGUUGCAUAUUGUGCUGGUACUGGUGGAUCCAUGCUAGUUAUUGGGUCUGCAGCGGGAGUUGCAUAUAUGGGAAUGGAAAAAGUGGACUUCUUUUGGUACUUGCGGAAGGUGAGCGGUUUUGCUUUUGCAGGUUAUGCUGCUGGUAUUGCUGCCUAUUUAGCGGUUAAUAACCUUCACAUCUCCUUACCCUCAACCUUUGCUCAGGUUCCUUCAUUAUAGGUUAUUUAAUUACAAUGCUACAGCUUGAAUUUAUCGACUUUACAUUGCCAUUUUGAUUGAUUUAGUGAAGACGAGAUCUCCCAUAAAAGUAUUAGUAUUUAGAAUUCAAGAAAUAUUGAUGGAGGUAAAGGUUCGGAUAGUUUUGAGAAGUCUCAUGUAUGCAAACAUUAUGAACAUUCUUACCAGAGAUGUAAAGAACAUGAAUUAAGUCAUAGACUAAGUGUCAUGCACAUGAAGAGUAAAUUUAUAUUGCAUACUGUUGUUUAGUUCAAAAAAUAAGUUGGAAGGUGGCGUGAUAAAAAUAAUGACAUGAGAAGCAAAUAAUAUUAAUUCGUACACAUUCGGACUAUUAACUUUUGUUGAAUUGUUUGGCAUUUCCCUUUUAAGCUUUUCUUUGGGUAAUCACUAGGUUAAGACGGGCAUGGGAAUAAUGGCCAAUGCCUCUUUGACGGCGAUAAACACCAACCAUUUUGUUCUAAGGUUUUGGGCGCUUUCCAAACGACGUGAGUCGGCAUCCUUAACGCAGCCAACACUUGGGCCUGAACUCCUUAACCCGUUCCAAAGGAAAAGGAGUUGUACAAAGGUGUUUUAAAUAAAGCCUGACAAUUACCAUGCAAAGCAAUCCACAUGAACGAAAUCUGAUGCAAAUCUGAAUCAAGAAAAAAAAAAAAGAAACGAAAAAUUAACUCAAUAAUAAACAGACUAGUUGUUGCAGAGCUCAAUUAUUCCUUCUGUCCCAUCGUCCUAAAGCUACGGCAGAACACCUUCGAUGACGAUUUUCAAAAUUGAGCACUACAAUGUGGUAAAAAUGUCCACUCAACCCAAUGGAGAAAAAGAUAUGGCAGUGAUACAGCCACCCUGCAACUUAAGGAAAACAAAUUUUUCAAUGGCAGGGACAUCGCCAAUCCUCUUUAAAGAUUCUUUUCUGGGAUGCUCAUUUACUUCCAAGUUUCUAGCAGACAAUAAGGGUAUUU